AUGUUGCACCUGACCGUUCAAAUACUACCAGCUAGUAAUACACCCAGCGAAAAUCUGAAAGUUGGCCUUGUGAAUAACUCUAUACACUCAAUGUUUGAUCAGAUUGAUAUAUUUUUCAAUCAAAAGUUAGUUUUACCGCCAAACAAUGCGUAUCCGUAUAGAGCCUACAUAGAAACGCUGCUAAAUUAUGCGGCACCUGCUAUGCGCUUUCACCUGACGUCUGCUUUGUGGAGCAUCGAUACCGCCGUUGCCAUGGAUACAGCGCCAAAUUUAGACCAUAAGACUGAUGGUGCGAAUCAAGGGCUCAUUAACAGAUUGUUUUUUAUAGCUGGUGGCAAGGCCGUCGACAUGAUCGGACAUUUGCAUUGUGACGUUUUUAAUCAGCCUAAAUUCCUGGUCAACGAUGUAGACGUGAGAGUAAGAUUGGUCCGUAGCAAAGACGCCUUUUGUCUCAUGGACUGGUCAGGCGACGGAAAAUUUUCGGUGCACAUCAAGGAGGCUACACUGAUCGUGCGUCGAGCCAAGAUAAGCCCGGGUAUUUUACUAGCGUACGCGAACGCUCUUGCUAAAACAACAGCCAAGUACCUCUUAACAAGGGCCGAAGUCAAGUCGUUUACGCUGCACAGCGGUAUACUCGGAGAUACCCUAGACAACGUUAUACUCGGACAGCUAUCCAAAAGGAUUAUCCUGGGCUUCGUUAAAAAUAAAGCCUUCAACGGCAAUAGAAAGCUUAACCCUUUCAAUUUUCAACACGUUAACAUAAACUUUAUUUCGCUCUACAUGGACGACGUUUAA